UGAGAUUUCCAGUAAAAACUUACUCGAGUCCGUGCUGAAGAAUGCGAACAAGGUGAAGAAUGCGAACAAGCUCCGCGCCUGGUGCCGUUCGCCCGGGUCGUGCUGCGGGUUCCGCUGGAGCCCCGGUCGAGUCGCGGAUGGGGGGGCAGUCUCGGCUGUGAGAGGGGCAAAAAAGAAACACUGCAAAGCCAUGAUCUCUUCGUCCAACAGCACUACACCUGGCUCCACGGUGGAGACGACAUACAACACACCUCCAUCAAAGUGCGUCCUGGGAGCCCUCCCCGUGAUUUACUACAGCGCCCUCCUCUGUGUGGGAGUACCAGUGAACAUCCUGACGGUGGUGGUGCUGUCCCGUCUGGCGGCCCGGACCAAGAAGGCGCUGUACGUCUACCUGCAGGCGCUGACGGGCUCCGACAUCCUCACCCAGCUCUUCAUCAUCUUCGUGGGCUUCCUCCUGGAGACGGCCAUCUUCCACCGGGAGGUUCCCCAGUUGCUGCUCCACUCCGUCAGCAUCCUGGAGUUCGGCGCCAACCACGCCUCCAUCUGGUCAGCGGUGCCGCUGACGGUGGACCGCUACUUGGCGCUGUGCCACCCCCUGCAGCACCGCCGGAUCAGCUACCCGGCCAGGGCGCGCCGCAUCAUUGCCGUCGUCUUUGCUCUGGCGCUGGUGUCCGGUGUUCCCUUCUUCUGGUGGUCGGACAUGUGGCGUGUGAGCGGCCCGCCCACGGCCCUGGACCGCGCCCUCAUCUGGACGCACGUCACCAUCAUCUACUUCCUGCCCUGCAGCAUCUUUCUGACGCUCAAUGCGCUCAUCCUCCGCCGGCUUAGAGUGCGCCAGAGGCAGCAGUGCCAGGAUGGGCGCUCCGGCGGCCAGCAGGGGGCAUCGUCAUACCAUCUGGGCAAGACCACUGCAAUGCUGCUGGCCGUGACCUCUGUGUUCUCGGUGCUCUGGGCGCCGCGCACUGUGGUGGUGCUCUACCACCUGCACGUGUCCUCCGUGCACGGGGACUGGCGCGUGCACCUGGCGUACGACCUGGCAAACAUGCUGGCCAUGCUCAACACGGCAGUGAAUUUCUUCCUGUACUGCUUCGUGAGCCGGCCAUUCCGUGCGGCCGUCAGGGACGUGCUGUUGCUGAAGGGGGUGCUGCUGUGCCCGCGCCGUGCCCUCCGCCACCAGCAUGCAGCUGCCAACGUCUCCACCUCCUCGCUCUCCAGCAGCCACAAGCGGCACCUCCGCCCCAGCACCAAGCCGCACCAGGGCGACUCCAUGGCCCAACCUCCUUCCACUUCAUAGAUUGUUUGAUCAUGUGACCUAAUCUCCUCCCAUUUCAAAGGCUAUGGCUGCUCAUAAUACCCAAACCCCUCCCAAAUCUUAGGCUACCUUUGAUCAUAUGACAUAAACCCCUCCCAAAUCUUAGGCUACCAUUGAUCAUAUGACAUAAAUCCCUCCCACUUCUUGAGAUAUCUUUGAUCAUAUGACAUAAACUCCUCCCAAAUCUUAGGCCACCUUUGAUCAUAUGACAUAAACCCCUCCCACUUCUUAGGCUACCUUUGAUCAGAUGACAUAAACCCCUCCCACUUCUUAGGCUACCUUUGAUCAAAUUACAUAAACCCCUCCCACUUCCUAGGCUACCUUUGAUCAUAUGACAUAAACCCCUCCCACUUCUUUGGCUAUGUUUCAUCAUAUGACAUAAACCCCUCCCACUUCUUAGGCUACCUUUGAUCAGAUGACAUAAACCCCUCCCACUUCUUAGGCUAUGUUUCAUCAUAUGACCUAAGCCCCUCCCACUUCUUAGGCUAUGUUUCAUCAUAUGACCUAAGCCCCUCCCACUUCUUAGGCUCUAUUUGCCCAUGUGACCAAACUCCGCCCCCACCAUCUCAGGCCAUGUGAACCGCAUGUCCCAGCCUCUGUACACUCCUUGGUUUACAAAUUCAGAGACUUGGAUGGAAUCUCUGCUCAUCCUUAGCGUAGCUUCAUAACUCACCACAGAGACCUCAAGUGGACCCGGAUCACUUUUGUACUGAUUAACGUACAAUAUUUAUUUUAUCCUCAGUGGGGAUUACAAGCCAGAAUACGCCGUGUUUAUGUCUCGUCCUGUUGCUUUUUCCCAGUACGUGGGAGUGAUGUGUUCCAAGGUAUUCUUGAUGCAGUACAAAUGGGACAUAUGGACACUGUUUUUGUUUUAUUUGGCUGAAGAACGCUUUGCACUGUAGCUUUAACGGGAGUGGGGGUCAGUUUGCUGAGUAUUUAUCUUAUUCCUGUCACCUGGGCCCUUCCUUCGCCAGUGAUCCACACUGUUAAAAAUUUCCAUUCCAGUAAUGAUGUCACCGGCCCAUGCAGCCCUGGCUGCCGCUGUCGGUCGGCAGUAAGGAAUCCUACGCACUGAAGUCUGAUCAUAUAUUCCUUCAUUUAUAAUAUAGAAGAUAGAGGUAGAGAGAAAGGAUGAUGUGAGUGAGGGAUACAGGGGGGGGAAAAGCCCUAAUAACGGACAGCUAAGCUAGGGGGGGGGAAGUAGGCUGUGUUUACUCUCCCGAACCACGGCUCGAUGGCCUUUGAAGUCGUCCAGGUCACAGAGCAAACACUCCUGCCGCUUCGCUGAGCAGCCAAAACGCCGGCCCCUGUAUCCGAGAGUGCCGGCCCCCCUGUCCGAGAGUGCCGGCCCCCGUGUCCAAAGGCGUCCCCGCGUCCGAGAGUGCCGGCCCCCGUGUCUGAGAAUGGCGGCCCCCAUGUCCGAGGGCGGUGGGCUCCACACCGGUACAUUUCCAUCGGGUCACCACUGGCUCUGGGCCUUUAAUGUGCGACGCCGGACCUUUAACCCUCAAACAAACCUCGCGCUUCGCAGCCCUUUCUGGGUGACUGUUUGCUGAGUGCCAGGUUUUGCCCUCGAUUCUUCAGGCACAGACAAGUCGUCUCCUUUUCUUACGUUUUACAAACUGCAGUUUUAAUAAGGAGAAACUGGACUCUGGGAUUUGCAGCCAUAGACACUGGAGUGUGAAACCUUCUCGCAGUGACACACCAGCCGUCUGCCUUAUAGAUUGCAGACCCCCUCCCCCCCCAUGGUCCUGACAAGGAUAAGCAGUUAGUAAAUGGAUGGAUGGAUGGAUGGAUGGAUGGUAUACAUAGUACUGAUGCGUUCAGUUAGAUCAGUGUUUCCCAACUGGAUCCUCGAGAACCCACAGACGUUCCGCGUUUUUGUCGACUGUCCCUGAGAACUGGAUCAGGAAACGCUGUGUUAAAUUCCGGAAUACAGCUCCCUUCGGAUGUCUUCUAAUUUAUCACAUCAUUUACUUUGAAACCACCCCCUCCUUCUCUUCUCCAGUAUGGGGAGCAAUUCUGGGCUCAAAUGUCCGCAACGGCACCAUGGUGUGAAUUCCAUCUGCAGCCAUUUACGGGAACACAGUAACCGAUAAGUCGGGUUACCGCAGCGGAGUGCCGCAGACGUGUUUGAGUGCAUGGUGGCCUGUACCGGGCUGGGAGGAUGCGGAGGACGGCCUGCAAGGGGCUCAGGGCUCAGCCCAUUCCAUCUACUGCAGCUGAACGCGGCCUUUUUCAGACUCGGGCGCGAUAAGCAGACACGUGCUUUCACUGGUAUAAAACGUCCGUUAUCUGCAUUCUGGUUCCAGCCCGGGGGCAGACGAUUAGAUUACCGUGCUGUUUAGUGAAUUGCAAUCCAAAGCAAUUUAUGCUGUCAUGUAACUGCAGUUCAUUUGUAGAUUUAUUAGAUAAUAUAUCUGUUUCUGAGUGGAUUAACUCUGCUUAACUGCCGUACGGAAGGAGCUACGAGCAGGGCUUCGGGAGAACCUUCUGAGAGCGGCGCUUCGGGAGAACCUUCUGAGAGCGGGGCUUCGGGAGAACCUUCUGAGAGCGGGGCUUCGGGAGAACCUUCUGAGAGCGGGGCUUCGGGAGAACCUUCUGAGUCCAUGCUUUGAUUCCUUGGGUAUUGCACCCCCUGCUGGCCCUCAGUCGCCAACACAGAGGCUCAUCCAUGCCCUCCAGUCUGAUCUUUUGUUUUGGGGCACCUCUCUCAACUCUCUAGUGUUGGGGGGAAAAGGGACAGAAAAAUCUAGAAAAUGUACAUAUGACAGAAAGACAGGGGUAAGAGUGACCUGAGUUCAGGGGGGGCUUGGUGUGUCGCUGGUAGGGGGGCAGGCGUGCGACAUGUUGCUUGUUGAUAAUGACACAGUAAUGAGAUAUGAGAUAAUAGGCGGUGUCACAUGUACUCGGUAAAGAGGUUUGGAGAAUCGAUGGGUUAUACACGUCUAAUGGCCUCCCCGUGUGCCUCUACCCCGGACACCAGGCUGACACGUAUGUCCAGCCUCAUACCCCCUGAGAAUAAGAUGUGUUUGUGUCCUUCUGUUAAGUCACCUUCAUGCAGCAGCUAAUUAAGUGAUACGUGCUCAGCUCGACCCCCCUUCCGGAAGGAACUCCGGUUUAUCUCCCCUGCACGUUGCUUUUCUGUAGUAAAGUGUCCUUGUUACCCUAAAUGUCUGCAGUCCCUGAUGCAGCCUCCAUUCCCAAUGGCACAGUUACACACAAUAAUGGGGAUUUUACAUUAUGUUUGUGUUUAUAACACAGAUGAUGUACUUUUAUACUGAAAUAAAAUCAGCAUCCAACA